UCGUCACUCGCUUCAUUUCCCGCCACGAUAUACACAGUAGGGUUUCUACUUUCAGUCAGAUUCACGCAUUCAAAGUCGUCUACUGACCAAAAUCUCUCAUUCGAUUUUAACUAAAGCUUCAGAUCCGAUCCGAUUAUACUUACAACGAUGGCUGGUCAAUCUGAUUCUCCUAUCUCUCUGUUUUCUCCAGAAGAGGUUGAGUUUAUUGCGGAAGAUGAAUUAAUGGAGAUUGUGCCUAACAUGAGAAUGGAUCCUCUCAAUUUCAUCUGUGGCGAUUUUGGUCCAUUCUUUCCUCAAAUACCCGUUAAAGUGCCGCUGUGGCUCGCCGUGGCUUUGAAGAAGAGAGGAAAAUGCACAAUUCGGCCUCCGCAGUGGAUGACAGUUGAAAAUUUAACACAGCUUUUGGAGGGAGAACGAGAAGAUCAAGGGACAUUUCAGGCUGUACCAUUCCAUUAUAUUGAGAUCUCCAGACUUCUUUUUGACCAUAGUGCACGUGAAGACAUUCCUGACAUAUAUAUGGUGAGGUCUCUAAUUGAAGACAUCAGGGAUGUACGGCUGCAUAAAGUUGAAACUAAUUUGGAGAAAUUUAGUGCUACAUCGGCAGUGAAGAUUGCACAUCUGUCUGCAAUGGAAGUGAAUGUUGUUCGUCCAUUUGUUGUGAGAUCCCUACAGGCAUUCUACAAGCAUGAUAAUCCAGUAGUGACGGCAGAUUUAGACAGUAUGUCUAACAGGCAACCACAAGUAAGACAGCCACAAGUACCUAAUAAUGCAAGAAGGCAACCUCUGAAGCGACGGUAAAUGGUUCCUUAUCUUUUCUAAUCUCCUUCUACCUUGAUUGGGAACUUAGUUUCAGUUAGCUAGCUCAGAAGGCAUUUCUGCUCUAAAACCUUUCCAAUAUACCUUUCUCUUUCUAUCACCCAGUGCCUUACUCACGUGGUUGCGAUUAUUGAAGCCUCAUGUAGUAAUCUUAUUGUACUAACACUUAU